ACGUGAGCGUUAUCACAAAUUGUAAUAUAAUGUAUUAUCGUAUUGGUCGUAUUUUACUUUUCGUACUCCCACCCAGUACGACUACUUAUCGUCAGCAUUAUCGUGUGGUUUUCGUAACAGUGAACAUCUAUCAUCCAUACGUCUACCUCUAUGAAUUGACGAGUGUUUUUUUUAUCAAUUAUCUGAAAAAAUAUUAAUCUCAAAAUCAUUUUAACUUGCAAAUUACUCUUUUCUGUUUUUUUAUACCUAUUCGCGUCUAAGAUUUUCUUUAUUUCGGCAACGAACAAAGUAUAAGUCGCUAUUGGACACGAAUUUCAUUAUUCAUUAAUAUUCAACAUUCGAUCGACGCAAAGAAAAGCAGGAUGUUCCUGGCACGUCCUUUCGUCAUUUUGCGGCAUGUCGCGAAUUGCUCCAGUAAAGUUGGUGUAAGUCGCGCGUCGAGUUAUUACAAGAUCGACGAGAAUAUUUGCGGUCUGAGCGACGAACAGAAAGAGCUUCGUUCGCUUGUUUUCAAUUUCGCGCAAAAGGAACUGGCGCCCAAAGCCGCCGAGAUCGACAAGAAAAAUAAUUUCGAUGAAUUAAGGACAUUUUGGAAAGAGUUGGGUAAACUUGGUUUGUUGGGCCCGACAGUGAAGACAGAAUAUGGUGGUACAGGCGGCACGUAUUUUGAUCAUGUGAUUAUCAUGGAAGAAUUAUCUAGAGCAUCAGCAGCUAUCGGGCUGAGUUACGGCGCGCAUUCGAAUCUCUGCGUCAAUCAAAUUCAUCGAAAUGGCACAGAAGAACAAAAGCACAAAUAUUUACCCAAGCUGUGCAGCGGCGAACAUAUAGGCGCACUAGCAAUGUCAGAAUCAGGAUCCGGAUCCGAUGUUGUCUCCAUGAAGUUGCGGGCCGAGAAAAAGGGUGACUACUAUGUGCUGAAUGGCACCAAGUUUUGGAUCACUAAUGGUCCAGACGCGGAUACGUUGAUUGUCUAUGCGAGGACGAAUCCGAAUGCGGAUAAGCCACAGCAUGGUAUUACCGCCUUUAUCAUCGAACGUGGCAUGGAGGGUUUCAGCACGGCGCAGAAACUGGACAAACUCGGAAUGCGUGGCUCCAACACGUGCGAACUGGUUUUCGAGGAUUGUAAAGUGCCGGCUGCGAAUAUUUUGGGUGAAGUGAACAAGGGUGUUUAUGUGCUCUUCAGUGGAUUGGAUUUGGAACGAUUGGUAAUAACUGGUGGAUCUCUGGGACUUUUCCAAGCUUGUUGCGAUGUUGCCUUUGAGUACGCUCAUUCGAGGAAGCAGUUUAACCAGUAUCUCGCGCAAUUCCAAUUUAUACAGGGAAAGAUAGCGGAUAUGUCCACGACUUUGACUGCAAGUAGGACUUACUUGUAUGCUGUCGCGAAAUCCUGCGACGCUGGUCACAUAAAUCGCAAGGAUUGUGCCUCUGUGCUCCUCUUCUGUGCCGAGAACACAACGAAAGCAGCAUUAGACGCUAUACAGAUACUCGGAGGCAAUGGAUACAUCAAUGAUAACGCGACAGGGAGAUUGCUGCGAGACGCGAAGCUUUACGAAAUCGGCGCAGGCACCAGUGAAAUACGACGUCUAGUUAUCAGUCGAGCAAUCACCGAGGAAUACUUAUGAAACGAUGAAUCCUUCACAAUUUGAUGUUUAGGAUUAUUGAAUUGAUUAUGUGAUAUUUCAACUUAUGAAUUCUAUAAUGUCAGAUUAAUAUUUGAACAGCAAUCCAAUAGUAAUGGGAUGAAUAUUAGUCAUGAUAUUCCUAUGUUAAUAUACACAAUACUUAUAAUAAAGCAGCCUUCUAGAUGCUUUUUUUUAAAAGCAU